CAAUCAUAUAUUUAUUAUAUAAUUUUUUUUAUAUAGUACUCAAGAAAAUGAGAUAUUUUUUAAGAAAAAAUUUGAUAAUUAGCUGUAUAAAAAAAUAAUAAUUGAAAAUGAAUUGAUGAUUAAGGACAAACGAAAGUUCAGAAAUAAUGAAAAUUCUCAAAUGAUCGGAAUCCGGUAAUUUCAAUGGGAUGUUUGAAUUCGGUUGAAAAGAAAUAUAAUGUCAAACCUAAGAUAAAAAUAACGGAGGCGACUAGCAUAAGUAGUAGUAGUAGUGAAAAAUGGGAUAAAAACGAAACAAACCAGUCCUUCAAAAGAUUAUCCUCAAACAUUCCAAUUCCAAUAGUAAUGAAUUCUAAUAACAACAUAGAAUUUAUCAACAAUAACCCGGAUAAUAAUAAGCAAUAUCGAGCCCUUAUUGAUAAGAACAAGCUCAUUAAGACCUACAAGGAAUCCAGGUUCAUGCAACGCUCAGAAAGCCAAAACUCAGUGAAUAGACACAAAAAUGGGAAUAUUGUAUCUCAACACAUUAAUGAACUAUCUCAACCCACUUUUAGCUUUGGCAACAUCCAUAAUCAGUAUCCUCACUUCGAUGAACAUAAGAUUAGUGAUGUAAAAUCUUCCAAAGGAGGCUUAAUGAAAGCUACCGAAACUUCCAUUCAAACAAGUCAUCAUUAUAAAUUGGAUAUUGAUAAUGAUGAAAACAAUAAAAUAAAUGAAAACAAUAAAAAUAAAUGCGAUAAUAAUAAACCAACUAAAACAGCUCAGAGAACCACAAAAUCCCAAUUGAUUAAAAUUAGCAACACUAAUUACGAUUUAAAUCUUGACAAAAACUUUAAAAAUACCACGAAAAACAAUUUUCAUCACUCAAGAUUGCCUAAUAAAUGUAAUAGUAAUAUAGAUAUCUCUAGUAUCCGUGAUCAUAGUGGCAUAGUAUUUCGCACAGCGGAAAUAUCAGCACAUAGGUAGUCAUCAGAAAAAAAUUAAAUUAUAUUUGCCUAA